GAAGCUUCGGCCCGCUGCACCAUUGCAUUUUUUAAGCUAAUUUUGACGCAGAAGAUAAUCACACGGCAGCAGAAGAAUUGUCACUCCAAAUUCAGGGUUCAUUCCAGUCAAGCUAAAACCUUACCCACUUCUGAAUCCAAGCUUAAGCCCUGCCUCAGUUUCCGGCUCCGAGCCUCCUUCUCUCUGCUUAUUUCCAGAACGAGACAGAUUCUUUGAUAUCCGAGCUUUGCGAACUGGAAAAUGAAGAUCAUAAGCUAUGCUGGCAUUACAAAAUCUAAUUUUUUGCUUGUUCAUGCAGAUUUACCUGCUUUAACUUUCUGUAGACCUCAAUUAUCUUCUUCAUCAAUGCUUAAGGUCACAAGUGAUUAUGGCAAGAGAUCUAGAUUGAUUACAAGGUUUCAGCACUCAGUUACUGACAGAACAUCUGCAUCUUCUGUGGAUGCAUCUGUGUCCAAUCAAUAUACUGUUUGUUUAAGUGGGAAACAAGGAGUCUCAUCAUCCUUGUAUAGCCGUCCUAGUUUAUUAGAGAUGAAGAAUGAGAGAAUAGCAAAUCGUGCCAAGGUUUACGAUUUCCUGCAGGGAAUUGGUAUAGUUCCUGAUGAACUUGAUGGAUUGGAGCUUCCUGUUACAAUUGACGUUAUGAGAGAACGUGUGGAUUUUCUUCACAAUUUAGGGUUGACAAUUGAAGACAUCAAUAAUUAUCCACUGGUUCUUGGCUGCAGUGUUAAAAAGAACAUGAUACCAGUGCUUGACUACCUGGGCAAAUUGGGUGUUAGGAAAUCCACUUUCACAGGGUUCUUAAGAAGAUACCCGCAAGUCCUUCAUGCUAGUGUUGUUGUAGACCUUGCUCCUGUUGUCAAGUAUCUGCAGGGGUUGGAUAUCAAGCCAAAUGAUAUUCCCCGGGUUCUUGAGAGGUACCCAGAAGUGUUAGGAUUCAAACUUGAAGGGACGAUGAGCACAUCAGUGGCUUAUUUGGUUGGAAUUGGAGUGGCAAGAAGAGAAGUUGGAGGAGUUUUAACCAGAUACCCGGAGAUUUUAGGCAUGCGAGUGGGCCGAGUGAUCAAACCUUUUGUGGAAUAUCUUGAAGGUUUGGGUAUUCCAAGAUUAGCUAUAAGUAAAUUGAUAGAGCAGCGGCCUCACAUCUUGGGUUUUGGAUUAGAGGAAAGGGUGAAACCUAAUGUUGAUACCCUUGUAGAGUUCAAAGUCAGAAAAGAAGCUCUUCCUUUAGUGGUGGCUCAAUAUCCUGAAAUUAUAGGGAUUGACCUGAAACCAAAGCUUUUUGGUCAACAGAAUUUACUUAAUUCACUUAUUGAGCUGAGUCUUGAGGAUUUUGGAACUGUUGUUGAGAAGAUGCCCCAGGUUGUUAGUGUAACUAAUUCUACCAUUUUGAAGCAUGUGGAUUUCCUUAAGGAUUGUGGAUUCUCUUUGCAGCAAGUCAAGAAGAUCGUUGUGGGGUGUCCCCAAGUGCUUGCUUUGAAUAUUGACAUAAUGAAACUUUGCUUUGAUUACUUUCAAGGGGAAAUGAAAAGGCCUCUGGAUGAUUUGGUUUCUUUCCCAGCAUUCUUUACAUAUGGUCUGCAGUCUACUAUUAAACCGAGACAUAAGAUGAUUGCAAAGAAGGGUUUGCAAUGUUCUCUUUCCUGGCUUCUUAACUGCUCUGAUGAGAAGUUUGAGGAACGGAUGAACUAUGACACCAUCGAUAUGGAGGAGAUGGAAAUGAUGCCAUCAUUUGAUAUGAAUACCCUGAUGGUACCAAGGAGUGAUGAUUCCAGUUCUGAAAAUGAGGAAGAUAGUGAUGAUGAAUAUGUAUGAUGACUCUGCAUUUGAGAAUCUAAACUUCUUCGAAAUUGCAUCCUCAUAUUUGCAUUUGAGAAUCUUGGCUUUUUCGAAAUUGGAUCCUCAUUAGUGUACAGAUGGCAUUUUUAAGAGGGAACCCUGUCAAAGGGUGCACUGUAAUGCAUUUGAGGCUACUUGUGCAUGCUUAUAUGUAAGAUAAGGUAUCUAGUACUUAAAUUCUCUUGUCCCUUCA